AUGUCCUCGAUGCUGGUGGCUUUUGAGCAGCGCAGCUCACCGGGCGGCUUAUGGAACUACACGCCUGAAGACCGCGAUGAUGGCUCCUUUGCCGUGCCGAAGACCAAACCGACCAAGGAAGAUCUUGACAAACCGGUAUGGGGUGCCAAAUCUACCGUGAACGGUGCUAUCAACGGUGCCGUGGUCAACGGCGAUGCGAAAGAAGCCAAGUUCAUCUCACCCGUGUAUGAGUUGCUGGAGACGAACAUCCCCAAGCAGCUUAUGCAGUAUCACGACUUUGCGUUCCCGGAAGAAUCGCAGCUGUUUCCCAAACACUGGACAGUUGACAAGUACCUCAAAGACUACGCCAAAGAAGUUGAGCACUUGAUUCAGUUCCAAACCCAAGUCGUCGACGUGAAGCUUCUGGAUUCCAAGGAAACCGAUGGCCUCGUGGAGGAGCAAUGGCGCGUCACCACUAAGAACGUCGUGACCGGAGAGUCUGCGGAGGAAGUUUUUGAUGCGGUAGUCGUGGCAAACGGCCACUUCUAUAUACCAUUUAUACCGGAAAUUGAGGGAGUUCAGGAGUGGCACAAGGCACAUCCCGGCAGCAUUACACAUUCCAAGUUCUACCGGACCCCGGGUACUUUCAAGGACAAGAAAGUCAUUGUCGUGGGAAAUAGUGCUUCUGGCCUCGACAUCGGCAAGCAAAUCGGCGGUUUCUGUUCGCUACCUCUCAUCAACUCGAUCAAGUCCGAGUCCUACAUGGCGCGGGGCAAAGAUUCGUUCAAGAAAGAGGUCCCUCCGAUCAAGAACCUCGACCCCAGCACGCGCACCGCAACUUUCGAAGACGGUACAACCGAGUCGGAUAUCGACGCCAUUGUCUUCUGCACGGGCUACCUCUACUCGAUGCCCUUCCUGUCCGAUCUGCAGCCGGCGCUUGUCACAGACGGUACCCGAGUGGAAAACACGUACCAGCACGUCUUCUACACACCGCACCCGACGCUGUCCUUCCUCGUACUCAAUCAGCGUAUCAUCCCGUUCCAGACAGCGGAGGUCCAGGCAGCGGUGGUGGCGCGAGCACUGGCUAGUCGGCUGACGCUGCCGGCAGCGGCCCAGAUGCGGGCGUGGGAGUUGCACACGCUGGCCGUCAAUGGCGAGGGCAACGAUUUUCAUACACUGGCCUUCCCCAACGACGCCGACUACAUCAAUACCAUGCACGACUGGGCUGUCACUGCCGAGGGGGAGGGCAGCUCUGUAGGAAAGACGCCGCCACGAUGGACCGAGUGGCAUUACUGGUGCCGGGAGCGAUUCCCGGACAUCAGGGCGGCGUUUACAGGGAAGGGAGAGGAGAGAAAGAAUAUCAGGGAGUUGGUAGAGGUGGGGUUCGAUUUUCAAGAGUGGAAGAAACAGAAGGAAUUAGAGGCGAAGGAGCUGUUGUAA